UUAGAAAAAUAGAAAUUUUGGUUCAAUAAAUAGCUACAUCGAAUUGGUAUCGUGUCCUGUUUUUCAAAACAUUGUCUAAAAGAAAUGUAUUCUCAAUGCAAUAUUCUAAAUUAAGUUUAUAUAUCUAUUAGUUUAACCUAAUGAGGAAAGAAUGUAAUAGAGAUUUCCUUCUUUCUCACUUUUGUCAGUAUAUAGAGUUAUUACUUGAAAAUAUAAACGAUAUGUUUGUAUUAGUGAAAUGUACAUUUUCUUAAGCUAUGUAAAACAAUUAGGUGAUGGAGAAUAGUUUGUUUAUUAUAGAAUCAAUUCCAAAGAUAUCUUAUGGUUUAGAAUCUUACUAAUAUGUCCUCCUUGCAAAUAUGAGAAACUAUUGUAUAUAUCUUAUGGUUUAGAAUCUUAUUAAUAUUUAUAAUUGCUAUUUUUAAUUAGUUUUAUGGGUUUUAAGAACCCCUCUACAUGUCAAAGAAUGAGGGUGCUUUAAAUAAGAAACGAAAGUGGACAUGCGUUUUUCUUUUAUAAAAAGUUUCUUCAUGAUUUACCCAAAUGAUCAAAAAAUCACAUGGUUUUAAAGUCAAACUUUGUUGGAAUUUCUCCUACUUUUCCAAUUUAAAUCUGUUAUACGAACUAAGGAGUGGUGUGUUAAUGUUAUUGAGGUCUCUUAGUAUAGAUAAUAAAUUUAAUAUAAAACUCUAGCAUUAUAACAUAUACUGUGUACCUAAAAAAUUCGAAGUUACAAAGUCCAAAAAUGAGUAAAAUUUGAGUUUGCAACUAUGGUCUUAAUAAAUGCUCUAUGAGUCUAUGACCCAAUCCAAUAAAUACUUGAUAGCAUUGACUUGACUAUUAUCACACGCUUCUAUAUAGUUUCAUGAACUUGUUAAACCUAUAAUACCUUUCUAAUUUUUUAAUUGGGAUAUGAUAAUUAAUAUUUACAUUCCCUAAACAACGUUUCAUACAAAAUAAUAAAGGAAGCGAACUACAUUUUAAUGUAUAAACGCAAUAAGUAUUUUUUUUAGUAAAACAAUGAAGAAACAUAUGCAAAGAAAAGUAUGAAUUUGGUUUGGUCUCUGUCUAAGCGUCUAGAAAUAUAAUUUGUUUCGGUCUCACCUUAAGUCAACUAUGAUAUAACUCUGGUCCUCUCUGUUUGCUAUUUAUCUCUUUUACUUUUCUACGUAGCGGAUUUAUUGACUUAUUUAUUUCGCUCUUUCAUUUUCUCGUAAAUAAAAGAACUCUGUAAUCUUCAUAUAGCAGAAAUUUGCAUUUUCUGUCCAUCUACUUGUGUUACCAUAGAUAGAAAAGUUUCAGUCUGUUACUUAACUCUUUUCUUCCCCUCGUUUUCACAUUUCUUUCUCCUCUCUUGUGUUCAUACACAUCUACUCUUCCAAACCCCAUUUUAGGGUUUCCUCAUAUAAGUAAUCUCACUAUUUCAUUCAUAGCAUCUGACUUUUCUCGUCUCCCCCUUGAGUUUUCUUACAAGUUACAAAGUACCUUGCUUUGCUUUGUAUUUGUAUAUAAGAGGUUUACUUAGGUUUACACAAUAAAUAUACACCCAAAUCCAGAAUAAAAAGGAGAACAUGAAUUGUCUGUUCAUGUUCAAGUCGAAGAAACCUAAAUCAAGAAGACAUCUCAAGAAAGAGAGCAAGGACAUAAGAGGAAGACACUUAUUACAAAAGUCAGCUCCAGAAUUAUCGACCACAGGAAAGAACCAGACGACGUCUACUUCGUUCAAUCUCCCAACACCGAGAUCUCUGCCGUCUCCAACAAGUGUAAGAGACUUGUACACAGAAAGAGAGCAAAAUCAAAACCUGAGGGUUUUCUCUUACAUGGAACUCAGUGAAGCCACGUGUGGGUUUGACAGAAAGCUUCAGAUAGGGGAAGGUGGGUUUGGUAAUGUUUAUAAGGCUACCAUUAACAACCUCGCUGGAGGAGAUUCUGAUUCUGUUCCACUUACCGUCGCCGUUAAGAGACUCAAAAAACAAAGUCAACAGGGGCACAAGCAAUGGCUUGCCGAGGUUCAGUUAUUAGGCGUUGUUAAUCACCCAAACGUAGUGAAGCUCUUAGGAUAUUGCUCAGAGGACACAGAGAGGCUUUUGGUUUAUGAGUUGAUGUCUAAUCUAAGCUUAGAGGAUCAUCUCUUCACUCGAAGAACCCUAACUUUGCCUUGGAAACAAAGGCUUGAGAUCAUGCUCGGUGCAGCUCAAGGAUUGGCUUAUUUGCAUGAAAUCCAGGUAAUAUACAGAGACUUCAAAUCAUCAAACGUGCUUUUGGAUGAUGAUUUUAAUCAAAAAUUAUCGGAUUUUGGUCUGGCUAGAGAAGGUCCCGAAGGAGACAAUACUCAUGUUACAACCGCAAGAGUAGGAACCGAGGGCUAUGCAGCUCCUGAGUACGUAGAAACCGGCCAUCUCAGGAAACAAAGCGAUAUAUAUAGCUUUGGAGUUGUUCUGUACGAGAUCAUAACUGGUCGCCGCACAGUCGAGCGAAUGAAACCUUCGGCAGAAAAAAAACUUCUAGAAUGGGUCAAACUAUAUCCUGUUAAUAGCAAAAGCUUUAUGAUGAUCGUUGACUCGAAGCUACAAAGCAAGUAUCCAGUUGCUAUGGUCAGGAGAGUAGCUAAACUGGCUGAUCAUUGUCUGAAGAAGAACGAUACAGAGAGGCCCACCAUGGCCUUUGUCGUUGAAAGUCUCAGUAAGAUCAUUGAAGAAUCAAAUACCGGAGAUAUGAUGAGUUCUGUUGGAGAAUCUACCAGAGGGGUUACGAGAGCCUAGUGGAUUGUCUUUCUUUAGAGUAGUGGAGAAUAAUUAUGGUUUCUUUGCCUUAUUUUCAAAACAAAAUGAUGUUUUUAAUGUGCAUAAAUAUGAAGUGUGAGAGUCAGAGAAGUCAAAGUAGUAAUGCUAAGCCCACAAACAAUAGAGUUCCAUUAA